AUGGAUGAAAUGAGCUCCAAUACUACGCCUGCCUUUACCAGGCUUCCAGCUGAACUCCUCAUACUGAUCCUGGAUCAACAACAUUCAGUAUCAGACAAAUAUGCUGGGGAUAUUAUCGACUACGCUACACUCAAGUCACUCCGCCUAGCCUGCAGACAAUUUGCCCAUCUGCCAAAGCUUCUUGGUAAGGUGUUCAAGCACAUCCUGAUCAUAGCUUCGCCAGAGCAAGUCCAAAUUGCCGAAUCGCUCGACCUAUCCUCCAUCAAACCUUACGUCAGAGUGAUCACGAUGGCACCGUCCAAGUACAGUUGGACCAUGACUGAGCACCAAUUUCGGCACAUCGUCUCAAUCCCGCGCAUCGAGGAGAUAUGCCAGGAGCUAUCCAUGACGUACUACCGAGUCAAGAGUACAGGGGGAGACGUCAGUGGCUUUAGCCAGUCGAGAGAGCAAGAAAUAAAGGAAGGGUGGCAACACUUCCUCGAAAAGCACACAGAUGGCAAGAUGCCGUAUCCCGAAACCGAAAUCGUCACAGGCUACGAGCGUUACAUGCAGUGUGCACGACGCACUCGUAGAAUGUUCGAGGAGAACAAAGUGCACCACGCCUGGACGAAAGUGUUUACUCAGCUACCAGAUGUACAUUCCUUCAGAGUCGGAGCUUGGGGAUUUGAUGGCAGUAGCGAUGACAAUUGGAGAGACUUGAGCUGCGAGCCUGUCACACACAGGCAUAAUUAUAACAACUCCGGACAUAAUGCGGGCGUAUGCCGGCAGUUGCAGGAGCCGGUUGGGGAAGCACUGUUGAGGACAGCCAUCGCAAGUCUAAUCGCUGCCGGGUCAAUCAUAGCGCACCUUGAGAUUGACUGUGUUCUCGACAGCAAAUUCGUCUGGGCUGACGAUGGCACAUUGAGGGAUUUGGACUUAUCGCGUCUCCAAACCCUGACCUUCGACCCGAUUGAGGUGGACUGGUGGGAGAAACGUGGAUGGACCUCAGAGUAUGAGGCUACUGCCGUUGCCCGGUGCGGGCUCGCACUAUCGACAAUUCUGCAUACGUGCAGGUUUAGCCUGUCCAAGCUGAUCUUAUACCCAGAGUACGGCGAACAAUACAUCGUUUGGCCACCCGCGGCCCCAAAUCGCCCCCUAAUGCUGCCGGCCCUCAGGAGCUUCAGAACAGGGAUGAGCCUUGACCUGCCCGAAUUCGCGCGCUUUCUACUUCAAUCUCCUGCUCUGCAGUUUGUCCAACUCGAUGGCUGUUCAGGUCGGCUUGGAGAGUGGCGUGAGCUAUGGGAUGCUAUACGCAAUCAUCCCAACCGCAUGACGCUCGAAUUCGACCAGCUUCCGUGUAACAGCUAUACAGAGUGUAGUGUGUACCACUAUACAGGUGAAGAUAGUAAAGCGGACUUUGACGAUGACCCGUGGGACAACAUCCAAUACAGUCUGGAGAACUACUUGUCCGGAAACAGGCAUUGGGACCGUACGUUGAGGAUGUGGUUUGAAGAUGGGGGCGACGAGCCUACCGACUCCGAAGACGACGAAGAUGAUGCUAUUGAAGGCGAAUUCGUCAGCGAAGCUGACGAAGAGCAGUAG